AUGAUUUCUAAAGGGUUCAUUCAAAUUAUUACCACGUAUGAUGAGAAACAAAAAACUACAAAAUUAUCUUGCCAAACAUUACUUUACUUUGAUGUUAUUUCCUACGUUUCCAUGACAGUUAAAAAUGAGGAAUAUAAAAAGAUCUUAUAUUUCUUUCCUAACGAAAAAUCACUGGAUGAUAAGCUGAAUUCUAUUGGAUUAUCCGAAGCUAUUGCAACUUUUACAAAUUCUUUCAAUUCACCAUGUACAUCAAUACGUACGAAAAAUACGAAAAGACUUUUCAAAAGUUUAACACCCAGUAUACAAGUUGUAAUUGUUAUUUCAGUACCGUCUAUUGUGAGUUCAACAAAUGAUAAUCUAGUUGAAAAUGAUUAUUUACACAAUGAAAUUAUUGAUUCAGUCUUGUCUGUUGCCUGUGAAACUUUUGAACUGUUCCAUGGAAAAGUUACUGAGAUCGUUAAAACUUAUGAUUAUGAAAUAUUAAAGGCUAAAUUAGAGCACUUCUUUUCUCGAUAUUUACGUACUAUGCUUUUCGAAUACUGUGAUAUAUUGGAUUGUUUCAACGGAAUUCAAUUUAUAUCGAUUGAACCAACUGAUUUUGGCCGUGUUCAUGGCCUUCUUAACAGGAUUGGAUAUAGUUUUAAUUGUACCGAACAUUCGGCGUUUUUCUUUGAAGGCAGACUUAUAUAUUCUACUUUGGAUCUAACCUAUGUUCGUCAUAUUUAUCACUAUUUAAAUUCAUUUCUAUUUAUUGAGCAACCAGAUUUAACACAUGCGACUACUAUUAAAACAAAAUCUAAACAUUUAGGAAGGUAAUGAUAUUCUUAGUUGUAUAAAUGAUGUAUUGAAUAUAUUAACGUUUGAUGAUACAUAAAUGCUGUAUUUAGAAGCCUGGUUCGCAAUCAAUGCAAUGUUUAAGAGUUUUAUUAAAUCACUUUAAACAUUGAUUUUUACUAAUAUAUUUUCUUGGAGAACUAAUUUUAAAGGUUAAAAACAUUUGAGACGUCGGUAUUUUUGAAAAGCUGGUUACAGAAACCUUAAAAUAUCUCUUAAGGAUUGUAUGAUUUUUAUUAUUCCUUUUUACUUCAGUAACUUUAAUACUAGUGUGGAAUGGAACCAAGUAAAUCACUGAGUUGUAAAGUUUACGGUUGAUAAAUAUUUUUCAAAUACCCUAUUAACAUUAUGAUCAAGGGAAUUUGAAAUUUCGUAUCCUUAUUACAGACUAUUUCACUAUUAAUGUGGCAAAAUGUUAUGUUAUUAUGGCCCGUCAAUUAUCACGUGACAAGAUCGCCAAUCGGGACACCAACUUAUAUGACCGUUAAGGCGUCCGCUUAUAAAUAGAAACACAUG